CUCUGGUGGCUGGUUGAGCUAUUACUGCAAUUGACAGUGGGCAAUAGCAGCGACAUUCAACAUUAUCUAGUCAAUUCAUGGACUCUCUUAAUUCAUUCAAUUUCCGCAACUGUACAUAUUUUUAGAUAUCUGGCUGUGACACAACCUCUAACUUAUUCUAAAAAACGCCGUUCAAAACGUUUAGCGUUGUUUAUGAUCUUCAUUGUGUGGGUUACGGCGCUAUUAAUUACCUGCCCACCAUAUCUAGGAUGGUACGAAAAGGGACGACGACGCCAGGGUAAUGUCGUUUGCCGCUACAAUCAAAAUAAAGGAUAUGUGGUCUUUUCUGCAAUGGGUUCAUUUUUUAUUCCGCUUGCAGUUAUGAUGUACGUGUACUUGAAGAUUGGCUACGUUCUCACGUCGCGGAGACAGCGUAUUGUACGCGAUGCGAAUUCUGAACGUGCGGCAGACCACGACAUCGACUGUGACAACUUCAUUUCCGAGUCGGAGCAUUACCAAUGUGCUACACCAAAGUUUCCUUCCUUCAAGUCGCGCUGGAGCAGUGGCAAUGGUAACAGCAACAAUGGCUCCAUCAAGAAUCUCAAUUUACAUUGUAGUAAAUGUAAUAAAGCCUACCUGAGCAACGCCAACGGAAGUACCACUAUAAAUGGGGGUUUGGGCAGUAGCGUGGUCGUCGGCGGAUUGAACCACCAAGGAUCUUUCUAUGAGUUGGUUGAGGUCUCCCGUUUAACGUCAGUUAUUCCAUGCUCGGCAAUCAGCUGCAAAUACGCGGGCGUCUGCAUGCAUUCCAACGCGGUAGGCUUGCCGCUGGCUGAGCGCCGCUCUUCCUCAUUACCUAUGCAAGCUGUGCACUUUCUACAGGACACCACUUCAUUUUCCGAUAAUUGUCUACCUACGGCUGCAUCGGCAAACAGCAAGAUUACAACCCAGUCCGCGAAAUUUAGACAAGGCUUAGGUCAAAAUCAACAGGAUCAACCUGUCGCACAUCACCGCAACCACUGUCAUCACCAACAUCCGCACAGAAUAGCAAUGCGGGUUUCUACAACAAAGAGGGAUACCAAAACCGCUAAAACGCUGACAAUUGUCAUGGGAGGCUUUAUCGCCUGCUGGCUGCCAUUCUUCAUUUACUACCUCUUGAUACCGUUUCUGCCGCCCGCUGCUGUAUUGGAGGGACUUAUGUCCUUUCUGACUUGGGUCGGCUGGGUGAACUGUGCCAUUAAUCCCUUCAUUUAUGCCUUCUACAAUCCGGAUUUUCGCACCGCCUUCUGGCGGCUUACAUGUAGGCGUAUCUGCAAACAAAAGCCGCCCCCCACUCAUUUGGCAAUGUUUCGUGGCUGAAGGGUUGCAGCAUCAUGGCAUAGGACCUCCGCCAAAGUACAAUUAAAUUAUAUCCGUGUGUGAGUGGAGAUUUGCUUGUGUGAAGCAAAUAUAAUGCACGUUGCGUGCGAGCCAUUGGCGGAGUUGAAAUAUUCAAAGUUGAGAAAGCAGACACAAAAACCAAACAAAAGACAAUUUAUAAUAAAAGCACGGCUGUCGUUAAGUGCCUGUGCAUGUUAAGUUGGAUAAAAGCCAGAAGCGCUUAGCUCUUGAAAAUUAAGUUGCAACAAGUAAAGAAAUUGACCAGUUUCCGUUUCGACCGUAAGCUUCUGAAGCUUUCUUAAUGAAGCUGAAUUAAUUCAGCAAUGGGCACAAAGUUGCUGAAAAGACA